AUGGUUAUAUGUGGAGAAAACUAUCAUAGGAUCGGUUCAUUGUUGCCUCCUGAUGGUGAAAAACCAAAGUUUGCCCAGCUUUAUAUUUUUGAACCGGAGAAUGAAAUCGACAAUCGCUUGGCGAACUUUGCAUCCCGUGAUGGUCUACUUAUGCCAGAGCUGCUCACUUCAUUGCUCCAAAUGCUGGAUCAACAUAAUCAGCUCGUCAAAACCUUCAGGCGAGUUCGGCAGCAGCUUCAGGAUUCUUCGACAACGAAUUUAAAGCUACAAAUAUUUGGAGCGAAGAGCAGGAAUCGGCAAUAUGAUUUGCCUAGCAGCACUGAAGUUGCAGCGCUUAUACCAGGCUUCAAUAUCGCAAUGGCGAAGGUCACACGAUUGUUCAGGCUGGAAAAGCUCUUCAGCAUUGUUUGUAUUGACGCUUACUCAUCGAUUGAACUAAACAGGCUAGCUUUUUUGCGCUAUCAUCAACCACAGCUUAGAGCCGAGGUUUAUCAAGGACUACAGGAUGCAUGGCACGGGGUGAUCUUGACGGAGAUAAAAUGGGACAUAUUGUACUCACAGGCCUUUCAUGAUGUUGUUGGUCCAAAUAGCUCAGAUAAACCGAUGGUGGUUUCAAGGGUCGUCCACAUUAAGCUAAGCACUCUCAUAGAUGACAUUAAGAAAAACUCCUACUUUGGAAAAACAAUUGCAAUUAUGUAUACGCUGGAGUUUCAGAAAAAGGUUUUGCCCCACAUACAUCUGCUGGUUUGGUUGUCUGAAGAGAAUAAACUGAGGACGACAGAAGACAUUGACGAGCAACAUGCACUAGCAACCUCUAUGCUACAUUCAUUGAAUCCUGAGAAAACUAAUGUAUAUACAUCUGUCAUCAAUUCAGUCCUCAACAAGAUGGGUCGGGCAUUCUUCCUGUAUGGUCACGGAGCCUUUGCUGAUAUUAUGAACACCUGA